CCUCCCUAAAUGAGGACGGUUGGUCACCUUAUAAAAGAGCCAAGAUUGCCUACCCCUGGCCUAAUAUAAUUGCAAUCAUCCUUUUUCAGCCCAUGUAAGGCCAGACCGUACAGUAAUUUAUUUAUUAUUUAUUUAUUUAUUUAUGAGACUUAUACACCGCUUUAAGUGCAAGCACUCUCUAAGCGGUGUACACCAGUAAGCAAUGUAUAUAUAUAUUUACAUUGCCCCCAACAAUCUGGGUAAUACUCAGAUGAUGAUGGUGAUGGAUGAUGUGCUACUUUCUGCCUUCCUCACCGUCUUUUAAAGAAAGGAUAUGUGGAUAAAGAAAGGAUAAAAGAAACUAACAUAGUCAACAUUUAAUCAAUUUAGCAACACUAACACAAUAUUUGAUACAAAUGAAUCCUUCCGCUGCUUAUAUCGUCUCCACCAGGCCCUCAUAUGUAAUGACGGAAUGUUUCACCUUUGUUUCCAGUCCAGUAUAUUUAUCCAGCCUUUUCUAAAUGCUUGUUUUUUCCUCCUACUUCUCUCCCCCUCUAUUUUUAUAAAUAAUUCGCUUAAUUUAUGUCACCUUUCCAUUCUAUUUUUCCAUCCAAUUCUUUUUUUAUAAAAUUCAACAUAUAUUUAGAAUGAAAAAAAGAGCAAAGGCCAAAAUGCAGAAAUAAAAAAAUCAGUUUCAAUUUUCUUUUACCGGGGUAUAAAUAUAAAAAAAACACCCUCUUGUCCUAUGGUUACAGCAUUGUUUAUAUUUUCUCUAAGAUCUUUUAUUUUUAUUCUAAUCUUCAAAAACAUACAUCAUGACCAUUUUUUUUCUGCUUCCUGCAAAAAUUCAAAUUCAAUUACAAUUCUUUUUAGAAAACAAUCUGACACAUCCUUAUUCACAAUAGAAGCUGAGAAAAAUCUACCUAGCCUUUCUGCCUUUCAACAUGGAUUGGUUUCAUUGCAAUCAGUGCUUCAGCCAAGAGAAAUCUGACUUCUCAGUUACUAGCUGUGGACACAUAUUUUGCCAAAAAUGUGCUGGUACAGAUAAAUGCCCUUCUUGUGGAACAAGCUGCAAAUAUUUGUCUCUAAAAGAUAAUAUGAAACAAGAAGAAAAGAAGUUUUUCAAAAACCCUGUUGAAACAGCGCUCAGCUAUAUUGCUCAUAUCUCUCAGGUAUGGACAUUCCAGAAGAGCCAGAUGGAUUUGCUGGUCUCUUUCUAUAAAAAUAAUGCUUCAAAAGCUGAAGGAGCACUCCAGCAAGCUCUCCAUAAACUAACUAUCCAGGAAAAAGAACUAGAGGCCGUACAGAAGGAAAACAGGGAACUGAAGAAGAAGUACUUCAACCUGAAGGCUUUUCCCAGACACCACCAAAGCAGCAGCACCCCAAAGCCGGUUGCCGUCACUCCUCCGUCACAGACAGUUACACCGCAACCUAUUUUCCAGCGCUCCAGUGAGGUAGUCAGCCGCUCAUCUUCAAUGGAUUCCAUUUCUUCCAGAGUCAGCCACCAGCCAAGCUGGCAGCAUGCCACGAGAGUCCCCAGAAUGACCCCAGCGGUCUCUGCUAAUGCCACUCCGUCUUCCGCCUCCACGCAGAGCUUAUUCUAUAGGGCCUCUCCUUCCGUUUCCCAUACCCCCAGUUUCAAUGUCUUCGGUCUUCAAACUCCGAUGGCGAGACUAAGUCGGAGUGCUAACAACCCUGGGCAGCCACAGGAAACUCCAUACUUCAACCUCAGCAUCUUUCCUGAUCCAACAGGUGCUUCUAUGCCUGACCACCACAAUGCUGAAAGACUGCACCCCCGACAGCUGGGAUUCACACCUCACUCUACACCAUCCUUUUCCCACAGGUAUUCAUCCAUCAGCCAAAUCCAUCAGCAAUAAUGGGGAUGACCAAAGCAGCUCUUCUCUUAAACAUCAUCCUAAUGUUAGAUUGCAAGACAGACUCUUCUGUGCAGACUUCCUGCAGCAUACGUUCUUUGAACAUUUGAGCCCUGAUUAAAAAACAAUCCAUUAAUAAUUGAGUGAUGCCAUUAGGAGACGUUGUUUUGAUUAAAAUUCUAUUUAAAUAUUUUUUGUGACUUGAAAUAAGCCAUUCACAGCUGCUUGAAGCCAACCGGUAUAUGCAUCGUAGUAAAUAAAUAAAAAUUAUUAUACAAGACAAAGCAUAUUUGUGGCACUUAGCGUAUGUGACAUAAUCUUAAAAUAAAUGCCUAUAAAUCUUUUGAGGAAAAUCGCUAAAAGUAGCUGGUGAACUCUGCAGUAGCAUUAUUGAUACGUAGUGUUUUAACUGUCAGAUUUAGCCCAUUAAGUAACCUGCGAGUCCUAGCUCCAAUCUUACUUUGUGACUAGAUUUGCUAAGAAGAAAAAUGUAUGUUGGAUGUUCUCUGAGCUAAAAUCCUUUGUGUACUACUUCUAAGAUGAAAUAUUCAAACAAUUUGAUCCAGGUUGCGCAUAAUAUACGAUUAUCGUAUUUGCAACCAACGUUGUUUCCCAGAUUGAAAUGGAACAGAUACACUUUAAAAAAAGACUAUAUUAAAGAGAAAGAGGAAAAAGACAGAUAUAAUUUACUGAACAGAAUCAUCUAGUAACUCACUCAAUUUAUUACGUAACCAAUCCACAAAUCAAAUUAUUAUUCUGCUCAGUUCUAUCCUGGACAAAUUACAGCCUUUGAAUGUUUCACUAAGUACGGUACUAUAAUCUAUGUACCACUUUUUCUUUAUCUAAGGUUCAUUAGCUCAUUUCAGUACUUUUAAAUUCUCUUGCCUGGAGAGGCAGAGGCUAUUUUUGUAGAGGUUCUACUUUAAAAAAAAAUUGAAAAUGAUAUUUAAUUAAAUAAUUUUUUUAAAAAGUACAGAUGGUUAGUCUCUGUCUAGUCUCCUACCUCUUAAUACUUUCACAAACUUCCAAAUUCCUCUUUUCUGUCAAAAUAAUCUCAAAAGCUAUUCUCAGGAUGUAUGGGUUUAUUUUCCCGUCAAUCUGGGGAUAAUGAGAGUUGGACAGAGGAAGAUAGCAAGCAUUUAGGAGCGUUUGCCAUUCUUUUUGCAAGAGGCCACUCUUUUUAUCUUACACUAUCUCUAACUGGCAUUCAAUUCACUACAUCAAACCAACUAGUACAGACCAGAUAUAUGACCUGAAUGGAAAAACUGGAUGACGGGGAAAGCUGGUGAAUCAAGGCACUAACGGAACAAGGAAAAGAAAACAAUCCAACUAAGCAAAAUGAUAUGAAAGUCACAUGAUAAAGAAGGACCAUCGGGAGCAGAUAUUAGAAGUCGUGCCAAAAAUGUUUUUUUUUUAAAAUAAAAGAGAAUGAAAAUGGAAAUAAAUGACAAAAAUAUCCAUUUGAAUAUAAUAUCUACAAUUAUCAUCUUGUGUACCAGUCUAAAAACUAACAUUUUUUUUUUAGUCCCAACGUAUCUUGAAGGCAUGAAAACAGGAAAGUUAGCCUUAGUCUUGUCUUCUAACUUUUCUUUGAUUUCAAAGAAAAAGCAAAGCAUAAGCACUGACAAAGCAAACAAUUACUUUUAACUGUUUGAAAAUAAAAUGUAGUUGGUAUGUGAGCUUCCACCAGUCAAAUCUUAUCUAUGAUUUUCAUAGAAUUUGAAAAGAGUGGGGUUUGCCACAUCUCUGCCACUCUGGUAACGAACGAUCCAAUUUUUAAACUCGAAUAAAAAAAAUAAAUAAAUGAAUUGGAACAAACAGAAUCAAGACAGGCACAUCCGAGCGUAAAUGAAAAAAUAUUUGUAUUCCAAGCCGUAGAAAAGGUAACAAAAUCAGGCAAUCGUUGGGCUUUGGGGUUUAGCGACCUAGACAACAAAUUUGUAACGAUUUAAGGGAAAAUGCUCGGGGAAACAAUACGAAACUGAAAAAUGCAAUCAACCGAAUUAAAGCUUUAUCAAAAGAAAUCGUUUUGAGACCCAGCAGAUUGCCGAAGGGAUUCAUAUUACGGCCACUCGCAUCUAAACCCCAUUUUUAUACCACCGUGAUUCUGCCUUGAUAAACACUGAAUGGAAACAAAACUAUUUUUGUUUUUAAAUUCAGAGGCUCAAAGGAAAAAAAAAAACACAUUCUAGAACGUGAGUGACGGGGGUCACGGCUAACAGCAGGAAAUGGCUGGAGCAGAAACCCUCUCUCUCUCUCUCUCUCUCUCUCUUCUCUCUCUCUCUCUCUGCUCCUCGGAGAAG